CGGCACAUAUAUAUAUAAGACAAGCAGAGGCAGUGGUCAACAGUCAGGAUCCUUCGUCCAGCUCACAACAUGAACGCUAAGGUCCUUCUUCUCCUGGUGGUGGUGGCCGCUGCCGCUGCCGACAAGCCCAGGCCGAGCUACAGUGUUCCCGUUCCGGACUCUGACUCCCGCUCCUACGAGGACUCGUUCGAGGUGCCGAAGUAUGAGUUCCAGUGGAGUGUGGACGACAGCGAGUCUGGCAACAACUUCGGACAAGAGGAGGCGCGUGACGACGAGCACACGCAGGGCGGCUACUAUGUGGACCUGCCCGACGGCCGCAAGCAGAACGUGAAGUACGUGGUGGACGGCGACUCCGGCUUCCUGGCGGAGGUCACCUACGAGGGCGAGGCGCGCUACUCCUCCGAGGAGUCCCGCGAGUACUCUCCCCCGAGGCCCACCUACGCGUAAGCAGCAAAUCAUCAUCUCUGAGCAAAACCUUCACCCUCGACCUUUCACCUUGACCCGCGCGGCGCCGGCGCGCAUCCCACUCGACUUGUAAUUUAUGUAUUUAUAUUAUAUUAUUUUCAUAAACAAUAAAGCAAUAUUUUCCUGA